AUGCAGACCCCCCGAUCGACUGUGACAAGCCAACAAAGACAGAGCAGGAGAGCAAUUACCAUACUUAAGAUUGGAAAAACGGCAGGGCCUGACGAGAUACCAGCGGAAACCAUUAAAGCUGAUACAGAGACAGCUGUUAACAUCUUGCACAACCUCUUCGAGAAGAUUUGGGAGGAAGAGAACAUCCCGGAGGACUGGAAAGAAGGCAUCCUCAUUAAGCUGCCAAAGAAGGGAAAUCUGAGGGACUGCAGUGACUACCGGGGAAUUAUGCUCCUGUCAGUGUCUGGGAAGGUCCUCAACAGGAUCCUUCUCGAGAGGAUGAAAGAGGCAGUGGACCCAAAGCUUCGUGACCAGCAGGCUGGUUUUAGACGCAACAGAUCAUGUGCUGACCAGAUAGCCAAUCUGCGCAUCAUCAUUGAACAAUCACUGGAGUGGAAGUACCCCUCUAUAUCAACUUCAUCGACUACGAGAAAACGUUCGACAGCGUGGACCACUACCACAUCAGACAGGAACAAUGGUAUACAGUGGACACUCCUGACACAACUCGACGAUCUCGACUUUGCCGAUGACCUGGCUCUCCUUUCGCACAAACAGUCAAAUAUGCAGAACAAAACAACUCACCUUGUUACAAUAUCAGCAGGAACGGGACUCAAGAUUAAUUUGAAGAAAACAGGAUUGAUGAAGAUCAACACCACUGUCCAAUUACCAGUCACAAUUGGUGGUGAACCCAUAAGAGAAGUUGAAUCUUUCAUCUACCUGGGGAGUGUGAUGGACAGACAGGGUGGCACAGAUCGUGACAUCAAAUCAAGAAUCGACAAGGCAGGAGCUGCGUUUACCAUGCUAAAGAACAUCUGGGCCUCAAAGAAUAUCCGCAUUACUACCAAACUGCGGAUCCUCAACUCUGGAUAUGACCUGGCACGACGCAGCAAAAACAGCCCAGAAUCGUGUUCGUUGGAGGACUGUCGUCGAUGGCCUAUGUUCCUCACGGAAGGAACUACAGGCCUAAGUAAGUAA